UUCAGCAGCACGUUCUAGCUUCUAAACAUGUCUACAACUUCUUCUACAUCCCCUCAACUUUUCCAAGAUUUUCUUGGAACCCUUCACUACUCUAGAAAAUUUAUACUACACAGUCCUCUGCCUCUUACCUCACCGCCGGUGGCCGCGCCUCAUCCUUCCAUGGAGGAUAUCACCGCCUUUGACAACAGUGCCUUCGUGGUCAUCUCGGUCAUCUUGUGUGGCGUAAUUUGCUCAUUUGGGUUAAGCUUCGUACUCAAGUGUGCAUUGAGGUGCACAAAUUCAUUGGCCUCUGCCUCAGGAGUCAACCUUGCAACUUCCCCAGCGAACAGGGGAAUCAAGGAAAAGGCUUUAAAGACUUUUCCGGUGGUAAAUUACUCAGCGGAGAUGAAAGAGAAACUGCCAGGCUUGGACACGGAAUGUGUUAUAUGCUUGUCGGAGUUUGAGUCCGGUGGGAGCCUGCGGCUCCUGCCCAAGUGCAACCAUGGUUUCCAUGUUGGGUGUAUUGAUAAGUGGCUUAAAUCACAUUCGUCCUGUCCAAAAUGCCGGCAAUGUUUGAUUGAGACGUGUCAGAAGAUUGUCGGGUCCGACCAAGCCAGCUCAUCGGAGGCAGCUCCAGCGGUGCCGGAAAGCAGUGUUUUGAUUGUGCCAUCGGAGCCAGAAGGCAGGAUGUGUAACUUUUGGGGCAUUAAUUAAGUAUGUGUUUAUUUUUUUUGGCCUUGUAAAUAUGUGUCUAUUGUUUGGCAAAACCAGGUCAAGCAAUUUUUUGGAGUUGGAAAUUAAGUCAGUGAAUUAAA